AUGUCCCCCGCAUCCAAAAGGUACCGCGCCCUCACGCAAACCAAAGGCAAAAUCUCCCCGGAGACAGCCAGCGAUCUCUUCGACCAACUCCCGCCCAUCAAACCCUCGCAGCUCCUCGGCAGCUGGAGCGGAGGGUUCCUCAACACCGGCCACCCCACGGGGCCCAAGAUGGAGGAAAUCCAGUGGGUGGGCAAGGAGUUUUAUUCGGUGGAUGACGUCGACCCCGUGAUUGUCUCCCGGGACGGCCAGCGAGCCAGCUGGGGGCAAUGGGGGCGUGCAACUUUGCGAGAGAUGGUGUAUCGCGGGGUUCUGUCGACGGUGAUGAUCUACGACAACCGCCCCGUGUUUGAUCACUUCCGGUAUGUGGAUGACAAUAUGGUGGCCGGGAUUAUGGAGGGGAAGGCGGUUGAGGGGGGUGAUUUCCAUUUCUAUCUGCGGCGGUAG